AUGGUUCACAAGGAUGAUGAUGAAAGCUUUGAGUAUGCAAUGACUCAUUUUAAAUUGGCUCUUGCCUAGGAUUUCGCUCCUAAGUUAUUCGUUGUUGAGAGAAAUAGCUCAUUGAGGGCAGCUAUAUAGAAGAUCCUAGUAAAAGUAUCUAAGUAAAGCAUUUUAACUAUUAGACCCAUUACCUUAAAUAACGGAUUAGUGAUACUUUGA